AGCAACGAGUUCGCCGAGCCGUUCAUGGCCCCGCUCCCGGCCCGGCCGGUCCCUUCCCUCUCCUCCGUGCGCUGCCGCCCGGCGUCCUCCCGGAAAUUCUUGGCUUUCCCUUCCGGGAAGCCUCUCCGGGGCUGGCGGCGGAUUCUCACUUAUUUUACCUAAGUUAAGUGAUGGAACCAUACACUAAAGAAAAAAAAUCAUCCUUGGGUCUUUGGUGUUCAUGUUUGUGUGAAAGAAUCUAGCAUGUUCCAAGAAAAGGCGUCAGCAAAUUGCUUAAAUAUACUACCAACAUCUACUGAAGAUGGUGCUUUCCAAAAAAAAGGCCAUAGUGCUCGAGUCCUUAGCCCAGAAGAAGUGGAAAAACUGGCAAAAGAUCAGGUUUUGGUGUCUGAGUUCAAACAACUAAAACUGGAGAAAGAGGCACAGAAGAACUGGGAUCUAUUUUACAAAAGAAACAGCACCAACUUCUUCAAAGACAGACAUUGGACAACCAGAGAGUUUCAAGAGUUAAAGGCGUGUCGUGAGUUUGCAGAUCAAAAACUGACCAUUCUGGAAGCAGGCUGUGGGGUUGGGAACUGCUUGUUUCCACUCUUAGAAGAAGAUAAGAAUAUUUUUGCAUAUGCCUGUGACUUCUCUCCUAGAGCUGUUGACUAUGUGAAGAAAAAUGCCUUAUAUAGUACUGAAAGAUGUAAAGUGUUCCAGUGUGAUCUUACCAAAGAUGAUCUUCUAGACAAUAUACCAGCAGAUUCCGUGGAUGUUGUCACAUUGAUAUUUGUGCUUUCUGCCAUUCAUCCUGACAAAAUGCAUCUUGUCCUGAGGAACAUUUACAAGGUAUUAAAACCAGGCAAGUGUGUCCUGUUCCGAGACUAUGGCCUCUAUGAUCAUGCAAUGCUCAGGUUUAAAUCAGGCAGCAAACUUGGGGAAAACUUUUAUGUCAGACAAGAUGGGACACGGUCGUAUUUUUUUACUGAAGAGUUCUUAUCUCAGCUUUUCAAGGCUGAGGGAUAUGAGCAAGUGGUCAAUGAAUAUGUGCAGCGAGAAACUGUGAAUAGGAAAGAAGACUUGCGUGUUCCAAGAGUUUUUCUUCAAAGCAAGUUUCGAAAGCCUUUCAGGGAGACAUAAGUUCAUUGCUUGUUUGAAAUGGAAACUAGCACAUCAGCUGUGUGCUCAUCUUUCUGGUGAACCAAAAAAGUUGGCAUCCAGUACCUCUUGUUGGUUUCCAUUCUAGGAUACAAAAUAUGAAUUCUAUUUCUAAUUCAAUUUUAAGACAGUUUAGUGAUGCAGGCAACCUGUUGAGCAUCUGUAUUCCUGCUUCUAAAAUAAAACCUGUGCCACAUUGUUGGAGGAACAGGUAAAGCAUAUAAAUAAACUUCCAUUUUUAUUAAAAACUAUUUUUAAAUAA